AUUUAUUGGGGCCAUUACAUGCAUAUUUCCUUCUUUUUCCUUCGCCCGAGGCACCAUCUUACUUCAGAAGCACAGCCGUUGCAUAUAGCCUUAAGCACUGCCAUAACGAGUCUGAUCCAUUACAUCUAGGGAGGUCUUGCGUCCAUAUACGUCGACUCUAUUGACGACAUCGUAUCGCUUCUAUUUGAAAUAAUUGGUUAUGACAUUUAUGCAAAGAAUGCAACGAUAGGAUAAAACACCAUCUUCAAUAUAUACAUUGUAGCCAUCCGGUCCAAUACAUUCCCGUUGGGUUUGGUUAUAUAUUUUCUCCUAAACUCUCGAUCCCAAGGUGGAAUUUCUUGAUCUAUAACACUUACAGCAUGUCUCAACCAUUACGAGAGAUCCUCUGCGAUAGCGAAGACCAUGCACACCUUCGUCAGCAAAUCCAAAUGAUUGAUGGAGACAAGGUACAAAGAGUCGCGAUCCUCAGCUUCCGGGGAUUACAGUUGUACCGCAUUGCGAAGUUGCAAGCUGAGCUUGUGAAGAAGCAAAAUACUACAAUGAAACCUAUUGAUGGAGUACCUGAGUUUGGACAAGACGCCACCGCCAUUGCCGACGCCGACAGGCGGGAGGGGAAAGAAGUGGACGAGCUACUCCAAAGAUAUGCGGACGCUGUUCGAAAUUACGAGACACUGUCACAAACUAUCGAGUUCAAUGAGGAUCUUUCAUAUGACUUUCUUGGUGGAAACCAACAAUUUAAAAUCAUAAAGAGGACGAACAAUGCUAACUGGAAGUUACCGUCAUGGUUAGCCACGACCAAUCCUAGUACUGUUCUCCGAUACGGCGCUGGGCCCCUUGGAUUUCGUGAACUUGACAGGGGCAGACUAUCGCAAAGGAAUAUUAUGGAAAGAAUUAGGUCGCGACUUCAUAUGGCGGCAUUCGGUGGUGUGGCAUUGAUUGGACCUGUGUUAAUCAUGGCUCUUAUCCCGACGCUUACGGUGAAUUUAGUCGUGGCAUCAGUAUCUACGGCCAUCUUCGCGAUAAUAUUGGUUUUAUUUGCUUCUGAUUCGAGCGGGAAGGAUGUGUUGGCUUCUACGGCAGCAUAUGCGGCGGUCAUGGUUGUCUUCAUAGGCACAACUCUACAGACAUAUAACUCUAAAUAAGGGCACUCCGCGAAUUACAUUUCUUAGAUUGCUGGCCAGUUAGCCCGCGAGUUGAUAUAUCACCAUAAUCCGGCUGGAAUACCACAUUUCCACAGCCCGGAUGUAUGCCUACCCAAGUCCGCCUUAGGCAGGCGUAUCUUCGCACAUGUACAUGAAGCCAGUCAUAUUUAAAGACUACCUUGCAUUGCUAUUCGUUCCUACUGCGUUGAAAAUAUUUUGCGCAUAUCUGCGUGUUCGUAAAUAUGAUUUGGCAGCAUAGAGUCAUCUGCGAUGGAGGUGCAGUGAGUAAGAUGAGAAUUCCAUGCGCUGUAACGAAAUGGUGUACCUAAACUGCAGUUUUACACAGGAUAAUACUUAGCCGAGAAGCAGGCUCUGGA